UCUAACAGAACAAAAAUUAGACCGUUCCUCGAUAUACUCGUUACAGGCCCCUCCCUCUCUCUCCUCCCCAAGCGGACACUCACCUCACACUUUACUUUCACUCACUCAUUUUCGAUUUCUUUUUCUUUUUGAUUUUUUCUUUUUUCUUUUUUCACUUCUGUGAACAAACUUUGAGAACAUCUCUUAUACACUCGUCACUCGGAACGAUAGUGACCUAUGUAGUGGGCGUCCUUGUCUACCCAGAUUCGAAACAGAUUGGCCAUUGUAAAAAUUUCAGAGAAGGCAAAUCAAUCUUCAUCAGAAAAAAGAAGGAAAAGACAGAAAAAAAAUGGUAGCCGGAAAAGUGAAAACGGCAAUAGGAUUCCAAAAAUCACCAUCCCUCGCGAAAUCGAAGCCGGAAGCGUCCCCUAAACAACUGCCAAUGUCCACGCCGACCUCCGCCAAGCAGCAGUCAGGCAAGAAAGGUUCAGGCGCCGGCUUCUCCCGCUCCUUCAGCGUCUACUUCCCCCGCAGCUCCGCCCAAGUCCAGCCGGACGUGGCCGAGCUCCUCCGCGUAGUCGAGGAGCUGCGCGAGCGGGAGUCUCGGCUGAAGACGGAGCUUCUGGAGCACAAGCUGACGAAGGAGUCCGUGGCCAUUCUCCCCGUCCUGGAGCAGGAGAUCUCGAGCAAGGACUCAGAAAUCGAGCGGUGUAGAGCGAAGAUCGAGUUGUUGGAGGCGGAAAACGAGAAGAUGAGGCACGAGAACGAGCUUCUGCACAUGGAGCUCACGAGGCAGAACCGCAAGUACGAGGAGAAGAUCAAAUACAUGCAGGAAGAGUUGUUGGAUAUCAAGAGAGCUGUUUCGGAGCAGGAGGAGACGGCGUCCUCCUCAUCUUCAACCACGCCCAAAUUAGUCAAUAAUUACCAAAAGUCGAAUUCGUUAUCCGCAAGGUGUUUGAGAAAAUGUCCCACCGAAAACAACAGCAGCAGCUGGGCCAGUUUCUGCGUGAAGAAGGAAGGUGAAUUGAAAAGAGAGGAAGUUUCUGAGAGCACGGAGAUACCCAGUCACUCGAGUCACUCGAGAUGCAACUCUGAGGAAAUUCCAGAAACUUGGAUAAGAUCCCGAGUUCCGCGCAUCCCAAAGCCGCCUCCUAAGCCGUCUUCAUCUCUAUCCUUGUCAGUCUCAACACCUUCUUACAGCUCGUUAUCCCAUUCGGCCGAUCGUGCACUGGCAGAGAUAUCCAACAUUCCACUGCCUCCUCCUCCUCCUCCACCACCGUCUGCAAAAAUCGGGCCAUUUCCUCCCCCACCGCCACCGCCGCCGACCAAGGAGUUGAAGUGUAGGCCGGCGGCGGCAAAGGUCAGGAGAGUGCCGGAAGUUGUUGAAUUUUACCACUCGCUGAUGAGGAGGGAUUCUAAUUUCCGCCGGGAUUCUGGCAGCGCCGGCUGCCCCUCCGACUGGACGGCCGGGGCUGUGGCAAAGAAUAUGAUUGGCGAAAUUGAAAACCGUUCUUCGCAUUUACUCGCGAUUAAGACAGAUGUAGAAACACAGGGGGAUUUCAUCAGGUUCUUGAUUAAAGAAGUUGAAGGUGCUGCUUUUACCGACAUUGAAGAUGUGCUGCCGUUCGUUAAAUGGCUAGACGAUGAGCUAUCCUACUUGGUUGAUGAGAGGGCCGUUCUGAAGCAUUUCGAUUGGCCUGAACAAAAGGCAGAUGCAUUAAGAGAAGCCGCAUUUGGAUACUCUGAUUUGAAAAAGCUUGAAUCAGAUGCUUCGUCUUUUCGUGAUGAUCCCAGGCAGCCUUGUGCUUCUGCUCUCAAGAAAAUGCAAUCUUUGUUUGAGAAAUUGGAGCAUGGUUUAUAUAAUUUGUCCAGAAUGAGAGAAUCGGCUAUCAAACGAUACAAAUUGUAUCAGAUUCCAAUGAAUUGGAUGAUGGAUACCGGCUAUGUGAAUCAGAUCAAGCUAGCAUCCGUAAAAUUAGCCAUGAAAUACAUGAAGAGAGUGACGGCUGAGCUUGGUGUGGAUGAUGGUGGUGGCCCUGAAGAUGAAGAGCUUAUACUCCAAGGCGUAAAGUUUGCUUUUCGAGUACAUCAGUUUGCGGGAGGUUUUGACGUGGAGACAAUGAGAGCAUUUCAAGAACUCAGAGAGAAGGGCUCAAUCUUGCAACAUGUAAAACCAACAUUGACAUAAAUUCAUUUAUUGCUUGUCCUAUGCCACUACUUGCUAAAAUCAAACAGAAAAGUCGGCUUUAAAAUUGGCUCCUACCACCACCAUUUUGCUGUUGUUGUAACGUAAGACCGACUUGCAAGUAUAGUUGGAAGAUAGUUGCUAUUAUAUUUUGGAAUGUUUAAUCAUAGAAUAUAAAUUUAUCAUCCUAUAUCACAAGUGCCAGAUUCUAAAAAUAAAUCAUUUCUAGAUUCUUAAAGAUCAAACUAAUGUUUGGUUUUCUAGGUGUGGAGUGUGACAAUCCACUUAUUGCAUUCAAAAACUUUAUAAGAGCAAGUCAAAUGCUGAUUCAGAUUCCAACUUUACUUUAGAGUUGUAUGAAAGCCUCACUUCAAUGUUGUGCUACAUUUUUGCAUUACUAUGAAGAUAUGAAUUGUACCGCACUAUAUGUGGCGUG